GUAAUUUUUAGAAUAGUUUAAAAUGAGUAGCAUAGGUUUUGAGAAGUUGGACUCGAAAGAUAAUGAGGUGGAGAUUGAUAUCCUUCCUUGUCUGUUUAGUAGGAGUGAGGAUGAGGUUAACAGGCAUUUAUACUUUGAUUCGCAACUUAAAGAUCAGCAUCCUGAAGAUGGUGUAAAGACAGCCAGUUUGAGGGGAUAUAAGAUCAAGGGUAAAGAAUUUGAUCCUAAGGAUUACGCUCUUACUUGAGUUAUACAAGAGACAAGUCUGGCUAACCAAUCAAAGACAGUCCAAAUCAUCGGGGAUGUAAAGAAGAUCACUGUAUGGGAACAAGGAGAGAAAUAUAGAGACAACAAUGAUCGUACUACACUCCAUGAUUUACUGAAUUACAGGCAGAUCUUAGCUGAGGAUGAUGAAUAAAUAAGUCAAGAUAUUUCAAC